GCCCAGCGACAGGCCGCUGGCGAUGACGCAUGCGCAUAAGCCCGUCGCCGCCACUGCUUCAGCACCAGAGCUCGGACAGCGGCGCCGCCCACGGGUAUGGACGGUGGUAGUAGCCGCAGCUGCUGCAGCAAUCCGUCUUCUGGCCCACGUCCGCAAGGAGAGCUGCGGCCCAAGAGUGAUCUUUUAGGCCUAAACGGCAGCUCCCCAGGCAGGUAGGGAGGACCUCACCGCAGAGCCGGUUCGAAGAUCUUCUCAGGACCCCUGCUCCAGCCCCAGACCAAGGCCAUGGCCCCUGAGGCGAGCCCAGAGAGAAGCUGCUCCCUCCACAGCUGCCCCCUGGAGGAUCCUUCCGGCUCUUCAGGACCUGCACAGACAUCCACCCUCCAGGCUCUGGACCCAUCGGGGCCUUUAGGCCCGGGUCAUUUUGCUUAUCCUAGAGCACCUCAAGAAUAUCAAGAAGGUAGCUCGUUACUAGGGACUGGAGACCAGGCAGCUUUGUGCUCCCAUGGCUCCAAUCGCAGCCCUUCCCCAGCCUCCUCCCAGCGUGAUGGAGUCUGGAAGCCACCUUCUGUGCAGCGUCAUGUGGUCAGCGUCAGGCAGGAACGGGCCUUUCGGAUGCCAAAGAGCUACUCCCAGCUGAUUGCUGAGUGGCCAGGGGCCGUGCUGCUGGUGUGUCUGGCUGUCAUCCUCCUCUGCACUCUGGCUGGACUGCUGGGUAGUCAGCUGCCUGACUUCUCCAAUCCUUUACUGGGCUUUGAGCCUCGGGACACAGACAUCGGGCGGAAGCUGGAGGUCUGGAAAGCACUGCAGGCCCUUACAGGCCCCAAGAAGCUGCUUUCCCUAUCUCCAGACCUUGAGCCAAACAGCUCAAACUCCUACGGCACUCUGAGCCCUGCAGCCUGGGGCAGGGCCCAGGAGAGCCUAGUCCGGGCACGCAGGAUGGUGGAGCCCAUGGAAGACAAAGGACAGGACAGCUUCUUCUGCGGCGCCCCUGAGAAGAACUACGCAAAGCUGGUGUUCGUGUCCACCUCGGGGGGCAGCCUGUGGAACCUGCAUGCCAUCCAUUCCAUGUGCCGGAUGGAACAGGAGCAGAUCCGUUCCCAUCCCCGCUUUGGGGCUCUGUGCCAGCGUACAGCAACCAACGAGUGCUGCCCCAGCUGGUCCCUGGGCAACUACCUGGCUGUGCUCUCCAAUCGCUCCUCCUGCCUGGACACCACCCCAGGGGACGCAGCCCGCGUGCUGGCCCUGCUUCGGUCUUGCGCCCCCUACUACCACCGCGGAGUCCUGGAGCCCUCAUGUCUGGGACCUGGGCAGGACAAGCCCCCACACUGUGCCCAAGUUCCCACCAAGUGCUCCCGGAGCAGCGCUGUCUACCAGCUCCUGCAUUUUAUGCUAGACAGGGACUUUCUGAGCCCCCAGACAGCUGACUACCAGGUGCCCUCCCUCAAGUUCAGCCUGCUCUUCCUGCCCACCCUGAAGGGGGCCUCCAUGAUGGACAUCUACCUGGAUGGCCUGGCUGAGCCCCGGCUGGUGUCCGACAACUACACGUCCAUCAGUGGCAUGGACCUAGGCAUCAAGCAGGAGCUGCUGAAGCACUACCUGGCCCUGGACACGAUGUACCCGCUGCUGGCACUGGCUGCCAUCUUCUUCAGCAUCACGCUCUACCUGCGUUCGCUCUUCAUCACCGUCAUGGUGUUGGUGGGCGUGCUGGGCUCUCUCCUGGUGGCCUUCUUUCUCUACCACGUGGCCUUCCGCGUGGCCUACUUUCCCUUCGUUAACCUGGCAGCCGUGGUCUUGCUCAGCAGCGUCUGCGUCAACCACACCCUCAUCUUCUUCGACUUGUGGCGCCUCAGCAAGAGCCAGGUGCCCUCAGGGGGACUGGCACAGCGCGUAGCCCGCACCAUGCACCACUUCGGCUACCUGGUGCUGGUAUCUGGCCUCACCACCGGCGCCGCCUUCUACGGCAGCUACCUGAGCCGCCUGCCCACGGUGCGCUGCUUCGCGCUUUUCAUGGGCACGGCCGUGCUGGUGCACAUGGCGAUCACACUGGCCUGGUUGCCCGCCUCGGCCGUGCUGCAGGAGCGCUACUUGGCGCGGGGCUGCGUGCCCAGGGCGCAGGGCCCGCGCGGCGGCAGCGACCCCUGGCGGCUGCUGCUGGCGGUGCACCGGCGGCUGCGUGGCUUCCGCAGGGCCGCCGCCAUCCUCUCGCGCUUGCUGUUCCAGCGCCUGCUGCCUUGUGGCGUCAUCAAGUUCCGCUACAUCUGGAUCUGCUGGUUCGCGGCGCUGGCAGCAGGGGGCGCCUACAUCGGUGGCGUCAGCCCACGCCUGCAGCUGCCCAUCCUGCUGCCGGCCGGCGGGCAGGUCUUCCGGCCCAGUCACCCGUUCGAGCGCUUCGACGCCGAGUACCGCCAGCAGUUCCUGUUCGAGCAGCUGCCUGCGGACGAGGGCGGCCACUUGCCAGUGGUCCUGGUGUGGGGGGUGCUGCCGGUGGACACAAGCGACCCUCUGGACCCCCGCAGCAACAGCUCCCUGGUGAGCGACCCCGACUUCAUGCCCAGCAGCCCCGAAGCGCAGCAGUGGCUGCUGUCCCUGUGUCACGGAGCCCGCAAUCAGAGCUUCUUCGGCUCGCAGCCGCACGGCUGGCCCACGCUGUGCUUCGUGGAGGCCCUGCAGCAGUGGAUGGAGAGGCCGGCCUGUGCCGACCUCUGCUGCGGUCAGUCCGAUUUCCCCUGGGCCCCAGAACUUUUCCUGCACUGCCUCAAGAUGAUGGCCCUGGAGCAAGGCCCCGACAGCAGCCGUGACCUGGGACUCCGCUUCAAUGCGCACGGCAACCUGGCUGCGCUGGUCCUGCAGUUCCAGACCAACUUCCCUUACAGUCCUGACUAUGGCCAAGUCCACCACUUCUACACCGAGGUCAGCCGCUGGCUGGCAGCCGAGCUGGGCAGGGCACCUCCAGGCCUUCGCCGAGGGUGGUUCACCAGCCGUCUGGAGCUAUACAGCCUGCAGCACAGCUUGAGCACCGAGCCUGCUGUGGUGCUAGGCCUGGCUCUGGCUCUGGCCUUUGCCACUCUGCUGCUGGGCACCUGGAACGUCCCCCUCAGCCUGUUCUCCGUGGCUGCUGUGGCAGGCACCGUGCUGCUCACCGUGGGACUCCUUGUUCUGCUUGAGUGGCAGCUCAACACUGCCGAGGCCCUCUUUCUCUCUGCGUCCGUGGGCCUCUCCGUGGACUUCACUGUCAACUACUGCAUCUCCUACCACCUGUGCCCACACCCAGACCGCCUGAGCCGUGUGGCCUUCUCCUUGCGCCAGACCAGCCGCGCCACAGCAAUGGGGACGGCAGCCCUGUUUGCAUCUGGUGUGCUCAUGCUCCCUGCAACGGUGCUGCUCUAUCGAAAGCUGGGCAUCAUUCUCAUGAUGGUCAAGUUCGUCAGCUGUGGCUUUGCCAGCUUCUUCUUCCAGUCUCUGUGCUGUUUCUUUGGACCAGAGAAGAACUGUGGACAGAUCCUCUGGCCCUGUGCCCACCUGCCAUGGGACGCUGGAACCGAGGACCCUGAUGAGGAGAAGGCACGAUCGGGGCCAGUGGCUCCCGGUACCUGCUCAGAGCAUUAUGAGCUUCAGCCCCUGGCACGGCAUCGGAGCCCCAGCUUUGACACCAGCACAGCCACCAGCAAGCUGUCCCACCGGCCCUCAGUCCUCUCAGAGGAUCUGCAGCUGCAUGACGGUAACUGCUGUGCUCGGCCUCCCAUUGCCCCUGCGUCCCCAAGGGAUCUGCUCCUGGAUCACCAGGCAGUCUUCAGCCAGUGCCCAGCCCUGCAGACCUCCUCCCCCUAUAAGCAGGCCUGCCCCAGCCCCAAAACCUGGGUCAGCCAGAACUCCCAAGGACAGGAUGCCAAGCCCCUGCAGGCCUUACCUGAAGUUCCGGCCCAUUCGCCCAAGCCCAAGGCUGAAGAGCUUCCUGAUGGCCUGUCCUCCUCAGCCAGCACCCUGGAAGGACUCAGCGUCUCCGAUGACACCUGCCUAAGCACCUCUGAGCCCAGCGCACGUGUACCAGAUUCCAUGGGCGCCUCCCCAGAUCUGGAAGACAUCGGGAAGCCAGCUCCUGAGCUGGGCCAGCUGAACGGGAAACGUGACACCCUGUGGCUGGCACUGAAGGAAACCGUGUAUGACCCAACACUGCCCAACUCCCACCAGAGCACCUCCUCCUGGAAGGGCCGUGGGGGCCCAGAUGGCAGCCCUGUGGUACUGCCCAACAGCCAGCCAGAUCUCCCAGAUGUUUGGCUCCGCAGGCCCAGCACCCACACCUCAGGCUACAGUAGCUGAGGGAGGCCAGACCUGGAUGCAGAACCCUGUCGGCGAUGAGAAGGCAGGGGCAGCACCGGCUGGAGCCUGAAGGUAUUUCCCUAAACCAACAUGGAGAAGCCUCAUCCUCCAACUGUGAAUUUAAAACCCUGCCAGAAGUUCCAGCCUUGAUCUGUCUGCUACUUACCCCUACAUCUGGAGGACUGAGCAGGGGAGAGCCUUUGGAAGGAAUACCAGGGCUCCUCCGCCCCAACAGUGCCAACAAGGACCCUCCUCCGGAAAGGGGAGAGGCUAGAUGUGCAGCCCCAGCCAUUAGGGAGGCUGACCUGACCCCCACACACCUGGCAAGAAGUUCAGUGACUGUAAGGUACUCUGUCCUGGGAUCCCGCCAGGGUACCUCACUGACCAGAAGCGCCCUCGCAACCUGCGCAGCAUCCUAGAUCCCAUCCCUUUCAAGGACUUCAUCAGGAUGAGUCUUGGUGUUCAGGGAGGCUCUCUGGGUCAGAAUUCAGCUAGAGCCUCUGUCCUGAACGGCCCUGUUCUGCUCACACUCACUGGUCUGACCAGCAGUUUUUCAAGGCCAGCUAGCAGAGAUGGCAGCAGGGAGUAAGGCAGAAGAAGCAGCAUGGUCAGCCUCACAGCAUCGACAAGUGCAAGAUCCCUCUUUGGAAGCAGACUCCUGGGCUCUCUGUUGAUGAACGGUAGUCAUCCUCUCCAUCCGUGCACCUGUUGGUCUCCUUGAACGCUCACUACUUCACUACAGGGUGGCCUGCAGUUGGUCAGGUUCUUUUACCCCCAAAUGCAGGUAAAGACAUUGAGACUAAGACUGACUGAUUUAUCCAAAGUCAUGUUGCCUGUCAAAGGCAGAGCAGUUCCCUGGUCCAUUCUACCGCCAACAUUCCAAGUUCUCCUCCUGGCUACCGGCUUCAGGAACACUGGGCCCUGGCUGGCUUGAUCCCUCGCUUCUUGCACCCUCCCCCAACCCGCCUUCUCGGAUGUCUCUUUGUAAAUCCUGCCUCCCCUUUGCACCUCUCUCUGUCUCUAGAGAGUGUUGUACUCUGAGCCAACCCUAGAGUUCCUUCCUGUCUCCUCUGUGUUCUCCUCUGGAAUCCUCGGAGACACCUCCCCAUCAUGGGGCAGCAGGGCUGGUGUGACUCUCCAGCUCCAGGGGCUAUGCCUCUCCUCUGGUCCCAGGGUGCGGAUUGGUCUGAGAGUGGAGAGGUUGAGCAGAAUCCAGUUGAGGCAGGAGCUCGGAUCUGCCCUUUGGGAGAGUGAUUCUAAAGCUGCUCCCAAGAUCAGGGCCCCAGUUUCUUAAGGAUGGAUGUCUCCGGGAGAUACUGAGCAAAGUGAAACUUGGCUGUCCUUCCCUGACAGAGUCUGUCCUGAGGUUUCACCCAUGCAGGAGCUCCUGACGCUAGGUAGCAUUGAAAAAUACCAUAUAGUCUUACAAGGAAAAUAAGUGUAGAAGGAGACUCAGACACCCACCCUCAUGAGCUCACCCUCUGGCGAGGAAAACAGGUUAGGUGCACAGGCAGGCAUCGGAUGGGUCACUUUGCUAUUGCUGCAGCUAGUACCCAGGAAGAGGUAACGAAAGGCUUCCUGAAGCAGGAAUGACUGAGCGAGGCAAAGGAAGACCCAGUAUCUCAGACUAAAAGGGACCAUCAGCAUCAUCAGCUCCAGAGGUGUCCACAUGUUAUAGCCUAAGGACUCUCCCUUCAAAGCCCCUUGUGUGCAAGCCCAACGUGUACAGCAGAUAAGCGGCAGCUACUCUGAUGGGUGCAGGGUGGGAGACAGAGCCAGCCCAGCCUCCCUUUCUGCUGCAGCUCUCUCCAUGGGCCCUGCAGAACCGCAGGCUCUGGAAGCCCGGGGAAUGUAGGCAGAAAACUACUGAUCCAGGCCAUUUUGCAGGUCAUCAGAGAAGGAAAGGGAUUUUUCCAGGGCCAGACAGUCUGGGGCAAAGCCGGAGGUAUAUCAGAGGGUGUUUUUGUUCUAUUCUGUUGUGUUGCUAUGUUCUUAAGACCUACCUCCCACCCCAGAUAGUCUAGGAAAAGUGGAGCAGGACCCAAAUGAGACAGACUUAAGAAUUAUGGAAGAGAGAGACAUCAGUGCAGUUGCCCCUCAGCGUCCACCCAAAUCCGAGGAUGCCCAAGUCCCUUGUGUACAAUGGUGUAUUCGCAUAUAUCCUAUGCAUAUCCUCUCAUAUACUUUAAAUUGUGUCUAGAUUACUUAUAAUAUGUAAUAUGAUAUAUAUGCUGUGUAAAUUGUUGUUAUACUGUACUGUGUUUAGGGAAUUAUGACAAAAAGUCCAUAUGUGUUCA